AUGGAGUUCCCGGGCCUGAUCAAGAUCGCCAUGCACGGCGGGUCACCGUGCGAUCCGGACAGCCGUGGUGAUAUGACCACGGACACUGAUGCCGCCGCCGCCCUGGUGGAGCCCAUGGCACGUUGGAUCCGAGACUUCACGCCGGACCAUAUCGACACUGUGCAGCGGCCGCUCAAGCCACUGCCGUGCAUGUACUCCAUGACCCCCGACGAGGACUUCGUGAUGGACUUCCUGGGUGGUGAUUUCGGAAGGACGUUGUCGUGGGUGCGGGGUUCUCCGGCCACGGAUUCAAGAUGGCACCGGCUGUUGGAAGGAUCCUGGUCGAGAUGGCUUUGGACGGGGAGGCCGGCACGGCUGCGGCGGCUGGUUUGGAGCUUGGGCACUUCAGCAUUGGCAGGUUUGUGGACAACCCGAAGGGAAACCUCAGGGAUUAUUGAGAUCGUUAAUGCAGAUGAACACCGUGUCCUGCUGGAGAUCCUACCUCCAACAGUCUUCAGAAUGAUCUCAAUACAAGCUCUCCUUCCAUGA